ACUUGUUAGUGGUAGUAUUUGAUGGAUCUCUGUAUACAUUGCAAAUUUCCUAUUACAAAAAGUGUAGGCGCUACUUGAGAGUUGAGAGCAAUGAGUCAAUGACGGUGAAGUCCCCUUUCAAUUCCUUUUGACCCCCGCAUUGCGCUCGCUCUCUCUCUCUCUCUCUCUCUCUCUGCCCAUCAAAUCUGCAUUUUUCCUUUUCACCUCCUUUUCCAGCUAUAUAUUUGGAUCUUUCCUCUCUUACUUUUCUGCGCACGCAUUGUUUGCAAAAAUCACUCAAAACCCCAAGCCAAAGAGCUUUGAAUUGGGCGCACCUUUCUUGGUCUGCUUCUUAGAAUCAGAAUGCUAUAUAACUGCUCUACUCCUGUUUGGAAACGUUAAAGAGUUUUUAGAUUCACUUGUGAUUUUGUCCAUCUGGGUAUAUCAAAAAGGUUUUAGAAAUACUCACGUCAUGUAAUUUUGGGAUUCUUUCAAUGGCAAUGGCAAUAUUUGACGUUGAAGCCCAGUGGGUUCGUUAAAAAGAUGAUAUAUCUCUUCACUCUUUUUUAAGUGGUUUGACCCUUUUCCCUGAGAUCCUAUUAAAGAAGAAACAACUGCACCAGUGGUAACAGAGAGAGUAGUACUAUGGAAGAGACUUUUGUGCCUUUUCGUGGGAUCAAGAAUGAUCUUAACGGAAGGUUGUUGUGCUACAAACAAGAUUGGACUGGCGGCUUCAGAGCAGGCUUCAGGAUUUUGGCUCCUACAACUUAUAUAUUCUUUGCCUCUGCAAUCCCAGUUAUUUCAUUUGGGGAACAACUGGAUAGAAGUACUGAAGGAGUUUUGACUGCGGUUCAAACCUUAGCAUCCACUGCAAUUUGUGGGAUUAUACAUUCAAUCAUUGGAGGGCAACCUUUACUGAUUUUGGGAGUUGCAGAGCCCACGGUAAUUAUGUACACAUUCAUGUUUAACUUCGCGAAAGAGAGACCAGAGUUGGGUCGCAACCUGUUUCUUGCAUGGGCCGGAUGGGUGUGCGUGUGGACCGCAAUAUUGCUGGUCUUACUGUCUAUUUUAGGAGCUUGUUCCAUUAUCAACAGAUUUACUCGUCUGGCAGGAGAACUAUUUGGUUUGCUUAUUGCCAUGCUCUUCAUGCAGCAAGCAAUCACAGGACUUGUGGAUGAGUUUCGCAUACCCGAGCGAGAAAAUCCAAAACUAAGUGAGUUCUUGGCUUCGUGGAGGUUUGCAAAUGGGAUGUUCGCUUUGGUUCUGUCUUUCGGUCUUUUGCUAACUGGACUAAGAAGCCGUAAAGCAAGGUCGUGGCGCUAUGGGACUGGUUGGCUUAGAAGCCUCAUAGCAGACUAUGGUGUGCCACUCAUGGUUCUAGCCUGGACAGCCAUCUCCUACAUUCCAUCCGGAAGUGUUCCGAAAGGAAUCCCACGUCGCCUCUUCAGCCCAAAUCCCUGGUCUCCUGGUGCAUAUGAAAACUGGACAGUUAUUAAGGCAUGUAAUCAAGACAUGCUUAAUGUGCCCGUGCUGUACAUACUUGGAGCUUUUAUUCCGGCAACGAUGAUUGCAGUACUUUACUAUUUUGACCACAGUGUGGCGUCCCAACUUGCUCAGCAGAAGGAAUUCAAUCUGAGAAAACCACCUUCUUUCCAUUACGACUUACUCCUUUUGGGGUUCUUGACUUUGAUGUGUGGCCUGAUUGGAAUUCCUCCGUCUAAUGGUGUGAUCCCACAAUCCCCCAUGCAUACCAAAAGUCUGGCCACUCUUAAACACCAAUUGCUUCGGAAUCGACUGGUUGCUACAGCACGCAAAAGUAUGAGAAAGAACUCAAGCUUGGGGCAGUUGUAUGGGAAUAUGCAAGAAGCUUACCAACAAAUGCAGACCCCUCUCAUCUAUCAGGAGCCCUCAGCUCGAGGGUUGAAGGAACUAAAAGAAACGACAAUUGAAUUAGCUUCAAGCAUGGGGAACAUUGAUGCCCCAGUAGACGAGACAGUUUUCGACGUGGAUAAGGAGAUUGACGAUCUGCUGCCUGUUGAGGUCAAAGAACAGCGUCUCAGUAACUUGCUCCAAGCCACAAUGGUGGGAGCAUGUGUGGCUGCCAUGCCUUUCCUCAAGAUGAUUCCUACCUCAGUCCUUUGGGGUUACUUUGCCUUUAUGGCAAUAGAAAGUUUACCCGGUAAUCAGUUCUGGGAAAGGAUAUUAUUACUCUUUACAGCUCCAAGCAGAAGAUACAAAGUUCUGGAGGAGUACCAUGCCACUUUCGUAGAAACUGUUCCAUUCAAGUCAAUUGCCCUAUUUACACUAUUCCAAACCAUAUACUUGCUUAUUUGUUUUGGGAUUACAUGGAUACCAAUUGCUGGGGUUUUGUUCCCUCUAAUGAUCAUGCUUUUGGUUCCCGUAAGACAAUACAUUCUGCCCAAGUUUUUCAAAGGGGCACAUCUUCAGGAUUUAGAUGCAGCAGAGUUUGAAGAGGCACCAGCUUUACCAUUCAAUCUUGCAGCUGGGACAGAACUAGGGGCUACAGCUUCAUUUGCAGAGGAUGGAGAAAUUUUAGAUGAGAUGAUUACCCGAAGCCGAGGUGAGAUUAGGCGUAUAUGCAGUCCCAAGGUGACAAGCACCACUGGAACACCAGCAAAAGAUCACAGAAUCCCUCAUAGCCCUCAUUUGUCAGAGAAAGCAUAUAGCCCACGCGUAAGUGAACUGAGAGGGGAGCCAAGUCCUCUGUCUGGUGGAAGAGGCCCUAUUAGUCCAAGAGCUGGAGACCCAAGGCCAUCCAAAUUGGGAAUCAGUCCCCAUAACUCAACUUCUUCAAAAUAGGGAGAGAUAAUUAGCUUGCUUUAUAUCUAGUUGCAGUUGAGUUUCAGAUGGCUUGGACUAUGUUGUAACAUUAUUGAGUGUGGUUUUACCUUGUUUUGCUUUUGUUAUUGAUGUAAAAUCUCCCUUCUUUCUACUCUUAUAAAUGUAGUUUAUUGCCUUCUCAUAUCAAAAAAUACUAAUAAAAUGUUUCCUAUUAA